AUGACCACUCGCUCGCUCCUAGACGUCCUGCAGUCGGGCGAUGCAGCUGCCUUCGAGAGCCUCCAGAGCCCUCUUCAUCGGGCCGAGUCCGCCGUCGCCAAAGACGACUACGCGGCUCUCCGACCUCUCCUGGCUCUUCCCGGUGGCGGCGGUGGCGGGCCUGUCACCGAGAACCUCGUUGUCAAUUCCGCCGUCCGCGAAAACUUCCUCCAUUAUGCUGUUCGUCAAUUGGCUGGCUACUGUGUGCACGUAUUGGUGAAUCCACCCUACAAUUGGGACCCACAGCGGCAAAAUGUGCUGGGAGCGUCGCCUCUGGAUCUUGCGAUGAGUGGCACUGCCUACCUGCCCGUCGUGUGGCCCCUUGCUGUGGCCAGCCCUGCUCUUCCACACGGAUCAACUUCGAGUGUAACCCUUGCCGAUCUCCUUUUGCGACCUCCACCCCAUCCGUUCUCGCACGAUGCGAUCGACACUAUCUGUGAUAGACGUGCCGCCAGCCCUGAUUACACAUUAGCAGCAUUCAAUCUGCUCUUCGACUUGAUCCGAUGCACGCCCGAACUGAUGGUGCGGGACUGGGCUCACAUCGCGCCUCAGCGCUGCGCCGAAUGCUCUGCAAGCGAUUCCCCGGGAGUCGCGAGCUGCUUGGCAGCAGACCGCCCUGUUGAUUUCCCCCAACGAUUCUCCUGCUGGCUGUGGCAUCGCCACCUCGGUGGUGACAAGCCAACCAAUCAAUUAAGCCCCCUCUCCCUCUUGGAGUGCUGCCGAACCGUCAUCAGGCAGGAAAUUAUGAAGGGACUAGUGAAUGGUAUUUGUGUUAUCGAUUUUUUUACGGUUGUUGUUCAAUUGUGUACUUUUGAUUGCUUCUUAGACCGCCAAAUGAACUACGCCUCGGCAAUCAAAUCUUUGAGCCUCCCUCAGCAACUUCGGAGUUUCUUGGCCUUCAGAGACUUGUGGCCAGUUUGUCACGCAACGCACAAAUUCAAUUUCCGCCGCCAACAGCAGGAAGUGCUUUCGUUGGGACGUUACGUAUACCCCUUCUAG